AUGUCGACCGCAGUGGCAACCAGCACCUCUGGCUCGCUCAUCCAGCCGCCCAGCGCGGCCGCCGGCGUAUCCUCACCCGCGCUCGGCAUCCAGUCCUUCUACCAGUCCAAGAUCCAGUCCUACGAACUCCUGAUCAACGAAAAGACACAGAACCUCCGCCGCCUCGAGGCCCAGAGGAAUACCCUCAAUGCCCGCGUCCGCCUGCUCAGAGAGGAGCUCCAGCUGCUCCAGGAGCCGGGCAGCUACGUCGGAGAGGUCGUCAAGGUCAUGGGAAAGAAAAAGGUCCUCGUAAAGGUGCAGCCCGAGGGCAAGUACGUCGUCGACGUCGCACCGGACAUCAACAUCUCGACCCUCACCCCCUCGCUCCGCGUCGCACUCCGCUCCGACUCGUACACCCUCCACAAGGUCCUCCCCAACAAGAUCGACCCACUCGUCUCGCUCAUGAUGGUCGAAAAGGUGCCCGACUCGACCUACGAAAUGGUCGGUGGCCUCGACCGCCAGAUCAAGGAGAUCAAGGAGGUCAUUGAACUGCCCGUAAAACACCCAGAGCUCUUCGAGGCGCUGGGCAUCGCGCAGCCCAAGGGCGUGCUCCUCUACGGGCCCCCGGGAACCGGAAAGACGCUGCUGGCGAGGGCGGUGGCGCACCACACCGACUGCCGCUUUAUCAGAGUCAGCGGAAGCGAGCUGGUGCAGAAGUACAUCGGCGAAGGCAGCCGGAUGGUGCGCGAGCUCUUCGUCAUGGCGCGCGAGCACGCGCCCUCGAUCAUCUUUAUGGACGAGAUCGACAGCAUCGGAUCGAGCAGAGGCGACAAGGGCUCCGGCGGCGGCGACUCCGAGGUGCAGCGCACCAUGCUCGAGCUCCUCAACCAGCUCGACGGCUUCGAGGGCACCAAGAACAUCAAGGUCAUUAUGGCGACGAACCGAAUCGAUAUCCUCGACUCGGCGCUGCUGCGACCGGGCCGCAUCGACCGCAAGAUCGAGUUCCCGCCGCCGGGUCCCGAGGCGCGCGUCUCGAUCCUGCGCAUCCACUCACGCAAGAUGUCGCUGCAGCGUGGCAUCAACCUGCGCGCCCUGGCGGAAAAGAUGGGCCAGUGCAGCGGCGCCGAGGUGCGCGGCAUCUGCACCGAGGCGGGCAUGUACGCGCUGCGCGAGCGGAGGCAGCACGUGUCGCACGAGGACUUUGAGCUGGCCGUCGCCAAGGUGCUGCGCGCCCAGAACUCGGCAGAGACGUCGGUCAACAAGCUCUUUACCUAG